AUGCUGGGAUCGAAAAUUCCGCUAAAAACGAACCCGAACAGGAAGAACUUGAAGUCACGAUUUUGAAAUAAGCUGAAGUGUUUGUCGUCACACACAGUUUGUUAUUCAUGGUUCUGAGGAGAUCCUUCGACGUAAUAAUGGUUGCGAUGGUUUCAGCGUGUUUUUGAGAACCUGGAAGGGCAAGUCCGAAUAUUUUGAUUUUGAAUCAUAACGAAUCACGCGAGUGACAUAUUUCUUGAUUGUAGUGAAAUUGAAACUGAUUGGCCUGAUUUGCAUUUUAAAUCUUCCUGGUUUGUGUGGUUUAUCGUUUACCAUGGAAAAACAGAGAGGAAAUUUGGACGAUCUCAUGUCCUUCUCCUCCGAUGAAGAAGACAAUGUUGCCCCAAGGUCCGAUGUUUCUUGGUUGACUGUCUUGUCUUCUGAAUUCGAAGGGAUGGGUGUAAGUUCAUCCGGCGCUGACACAGUUCGCUCGCUGCCACCGAAUUUCUGUUUGUCAAACGGCAAAGAAACAAGCAAUCUUCGAAAUGGAAAUGACAAUUCGAACCGAACGUUGCAGUCGACUAAACCAGGAGCAAGAUUGACACAUUCAAGUCAUAUUAGAGAAGAACACUCAAAUUGUUUCAAUUUUACGACUACCACUGCGAGUGCGACAGGUCGUCACAGUUUACCUGAAGAGGCGAACAGAUUACGGGCGUCCCGUUCUUGCGAUGACCUCUCGCCGCCCAGGAACCCAGUGGAAAAACCAAGCAAAGUCGCGGAAUUUCCUCACGGUGGAUUUCCCAAUUAUCACACGUUAUUUAGGCCCCCAUCAGAAGUAAUGGACUCUAGACACCCAUCGGAUCCUAGUGGCAAAACAGAGGUUGAAAAUGCUGUAGGUGUACAGUCCUACUCCUCUAGACUUAAUGUGACUUUGAAAGGUCAUGAUUCAGAUGUUGGAAUAGCAAUUGCAGACCAAUCUUUCAGCAGCAAUACCUCAUCAAAUUCUAGCAAAGAACACCCCUACGGUUCUAUCACUUUAAAGCGAGAAAAGCUUCCAGGAGAAUCAUUCAGAAAGCCAGUCCAGAGAAAAACUUUGUCAGAAGGAAAGUUGGCAAAAGACACUGUUUUCUUUCCAUCGCAGACAACUCACAAUGCACACAGCUCUAAAACAUAUCCCAGAAAUACAAGACCUUUGACAGUGAACCUCUCCGAGGAAGACGAGGUUGGUAUGCUUCAACAAUCUUCAAAAGAGUCACGUGUUCGAUUAAAGUCCGUUUCCUCCAGUCGGUCACCCCCUUUUAAGCUUUCCAAUCGCCCAGUCUCAGCUUCAAUGUCGGACAAAACGUCACCGGGUCCAUCGAUGUCAAGGAACAGUUCUGAUUGUGAUUCAAAGUUCCCUUUUUUUGGAGAUGGUUUGUUCGAUGUCGCCAAAGAGAGGAAUGAAGAGGCUACUGCUUUUAGUGCAAUGAUGACCUCUGUCAGGUCAAACUUUCGCUGGGAUGAAGAAACGAACGCCGGUCAUGUUUUAAGUCCCACGAUACCCUAUGAUCACGAAGCAUUUCCGAACAACACCGACGCAUUUAUUGCCAUCUACACCGAUCAACGACAGGACACCCUUAAGUUCACCUUUACUGUACAUAGCCGUGUCUGCAAAAUAAUCGAGCUCGCCCUGAGUUGCUUGUCAGAUGAUGUUAAAUUUCUAGAGUACAGCUCAGCCACAGUGUAUGUGCUUAAAGUCUGCGGACGUUCUGAGUAUCUGGUAUCAAACGGAAUCCUUAUCCAGUAUGCCUAUGUGCAGGAAUGCAUCAAGUUUAAACGUGAAGUUGAACUUGUCCUAGUCGAGAGUUGGCAAGUUUCCAGGCAGCUGGCACGGACUGAAGAAGACGACUUGGAUGGCAUCGUUUCCCACAACUACAAAGAGUUUUUUGACUGCCCUGUGACCACCGCUGUAUCGAGAUAUGGACUGACUGUGCUGUUAGAGGCAUUUAAUCAAGAACUGGUCAAACUCUUGGAAGAAAGUACUAGUUACACCAAGCCACGGUUUGAGCCAAACCGUACAAUCCAAGCCGUGAAAGCCAUCUGUGCCACCCUGGCAACCUUGGAAACGAAAGAGGUGAUCGAUUCCAUCCGAAAUUUACAAAAUCUACAAAAGGCUGCUGAGGUUUCUGAUAGAAUGGUUCCUAACCAGUUCGAUCUGAAUGAUGCUCUCUCAAAGUUGCAAUCAGCUGUUUUGCUCCUUAUCGAGAUGUACUGUGAUGCGUUUGAUACCGAGUUUGUUCCCACUCGGAUAGAGAGACCCAAACUGUCCGGAUCUAUAGAGGUUACAGCCAUGACAGACAACGUCCGUAUCCAAGUGGCAUUCGCCCAUAGACUGCCUGUGCAAUGGAGCAAAGACUUCGAAAGCUUUGAAGUUCGAAGUGGAAUUUACUAUGGGGGGCGCCUGACGUGCCCAGUCGAAGUGACGAAGCAAAUUAAGAUAACCCGAAAUUUCUUCGACCAGCUGAUGUGGAAUGAAUGGCUGCAAUUCAAGAUGCAAGUUCGUCAACUCUCACGUGAGUCUCGUCUGUGUUUCACACUUUAUGGCGUUCAACCGAUUGGCAAAGGAAACACCUUGAAUACCAGCAGAACUCCACUUGGGUGGGUUGCACUACCACUCUUCGAUUUUAAGGGCGUUUUGGUGUCGGGAACGCAUCUCCUUGGUUUAUGGCCGGAUGACGCAGCUAACCCAGUUGGCACUUGUACAUCAAACCUGCUGCAUCCAUCCAGUGUCAUUCUGCAAGUCGAAUUCGAACGCUAUUUGGCUGAUAUUGUCUUUCCAGAUUUCGAAAGCAAUGGCUGGCUACCUUACGAUGAAACGGAUCGCUGUGAGCCCCAGCCCAAAACCGCUGAAGUAUACAAGAAUAUUUUGGAGAAAGAUCUCUUCAAUGAGCUGAAGCCAGAGGAGAGCGAACUUCUUUGGGAACAUCGCCAUUACUGCAUGUCAGUGCCAAAAGCGCUACCUCUCAUCUUGUCUGCAGCGCCAUCUUGGGAGUACGGUUUCCUUCCAGAAAUCUACAAUCUUCUGGCAUCUUGGGCCCCUUUAAAACCAGUGGAUGCUUUGGAGCUGCUGAAGGUCAAUUUUCCUGACACCCGUGUGAGAGAUACGGCGGUUCAGUGGAUGGAAGCAGUUGUUGAUGAUGAAUUGUGCGAUUACCUUCCUCAGCUCGUCCAGGCCGUAAAGUAUGAAAUCUAUCACGACUCCUCUUUAGUUCGCUUUCUUAUCCGCCGGGCUCUUGCCAGUGUCAGAGUCAUGCAUUAUCUCUUCUGGUACCUGAAGGACACUAUCGGUGAUCCACAGUUCGGUCAGCGAUUCCAAAUUAUUCUCGGUGGUCUGUUGAAUAUCUGUGGAAAUGCCCAAAGGUGCGAGUUUACGAUGCAAGACGAAGUUGUCGCUGACCUUGCAGAAGUGGCCCGGAAAGUCAAAACCUCAAGAGAAUCAUCACGAAUGAAUGUCCUUCACCAAGAACUAGCAGUGGUGGCUGCUAACUUUGGUCCAACCUUUAGGCUUCCAAUAGGCCCAAGUUGUGAGGUGAAAGGUGUUAACGUUCCAGCCUGUGGAUACUUUACAUCGCAUUCUGCGCCAUUGCGACUCGUUUUCAAGAGCGUUGACCCGUUUGGCGAGGAUGUCCACGCAAUGUUCAAAAUUGGGGACGAUAUGAGACAAGACCGGCUUAUCCUGCAGCUUGUGGGAAUCAUGAACAAGAUCUGGUUACGAGAAGGAAUCGAUUUGAAAAUGAUUACCUACAAAUGUGUGGCAACUGGGGUUGGAAUGGGGAUGGUGGAAAUUGUGAAAGAGUCGGUCACGCUUCGAGAAAUCCAUACCGAGCUUGGUCUGACAGGUUCUUUCAAGGAUGAGCCAAUUGCAAGAUGGAUCCAAAAGUACAACACUGGCGAUGAAAGCUACCAACAAGCUGUGGAGAAUUUUACAGCUUCAUGUGCAGGCUACUGCGUUGCCACUUAUGUCCUCGGUAUCGGCGAUCGUCAUAACGACAAUAUCAUGAUCAAGAAAAGUGGUCACAUGUUUCAUAUUGAUUUCGCCAAGAUCCUUGGAAACGCUCAGAUGUUCGGUACAUUUCGACGCGAUCGGGCUCCCUUCGUCUUGACUUCAGACAUGGCUUUCGUCAUAAACGGAGGCUACCAGCCGAGUAGUCGUUUUCAAGACUUUGUAGACCUUUGCUGCAAGGCGUUUAACGUCAUUCGGCGCCAUUCCAACUUGCUGCUUAAUUUGUUGUCCUUGAUGCUGAAUUCUGGAAUAUCCUGCUUGAGUCAGGUGGCGGAUUUGAAGUACAUUAGAGAUUCCUUGCUUCCAGAUUCCUCAGAAGGAGAAGCUACGGCGGCGUUCACAAGACUAAUCGAGGCUAGUCUGUCAUCAUGGUUCACUCAAGUCAAUUUCUUCAUUCAUAAUGUCGCUCAGAUCAGAGACGUUAGUCAAAUACGAAUCUCGACAGGUAGUAACGCCAGCGCAAGCUCUGUUCUUUCAUUCGUUCACGGAACAUAUUCUGUCGACUCAGACGGGUUGGUAGAAUCUGCUCGUGUUGUGGACAUCCACAAGCGCUACAAUCCUGAGAAAUAUUACGUUUACGUUGUAAACAUUUGCCGACUUGGCGAUCAAGAACCGGCGUUUGUUUUUCGCAGGUUCAGCCACUUUUACGAGCUACAUUCAAAGCUCGCCGAGGCUUUUCCGGAAACCAGUCUGCCCAAACUCCCUAGCAAAAAAUAUAUCGGUCGUUCGCAGAUCCGUGUUGUUGCCGAGCGGAGACGAAGUGACCUUGACGAUUACAUCCGCCAUUUACUGAUGCUGCCUCCUGAAAUUUCAGAAUCGGAACUCCUGUACACAUUCCUUCAUUCUCUUCAGCAAGACAAGAAAGAUGCACGCUUGUUCUCGGCUCCCUUGCUUCCGGAGGAAAAACGAAACCGCCAAAGAGUCAUUGGUGGACAAGUGAAGUUGCAGAUUCGGCACGAGUGCGAUGCCCUUCGCGUCAUGGUUAUGCACGCGAAAGAUUUAUCUGCAAGAAAUACAACAUAUCUGGCAGAUCCUUACGUCAAACUAUACCUCCUUCCAGAUCCUAUUAAGGCUACAAAACUCAAGACUAAGAUUGCACGGAAAACACUCAAUCCAACAUUUAACGAAACAUUACUGUACAGUAUACCGGAGCAUGAAGUCAGACAGCGACAUCUGCAGGUCACUGUACUGGACCAUGAAAAUGUAGGCGAGAACGAAUUCCUCGGUGGACUGAUCAUCGACCUGUCACAAGCUGAGCUUCAGACGUCUGUGGCUCGGUGGUUCACCCUAACAGACAUUAGAAAACCACCAUGA